AUGAUUACGAAUGUGCACCGACUCUACGCUGAAGACGACGACCUUCAAGUGCUUUCCCUCCAGUAUGCAGACACUUCGUUCGCAUUCAAUAUCUUCCUACCCAAAAUUAGAUUUGGCCUUAAUGAACUUCGACCGAAGCUUACCGGAGAAAAAAUCCAACAGUUGCUCUCAAAACUGGAAACAACCUUCGUUUCGAUCACAAUUCCCAAGAUGAAAAUCGAGACGGACUUCAAACUCAAAGAAGCGCUAAUGGCCAUGGGAGUGACUAAUAUGUUCUCUGACAAGGCUGAUUUGACUGGAAUCGCCGAGAAACCUCCACUCAAAGUUUCAGGUGCUGCUCAUAGAGCCAUCAUUGAGGUAGAUGAAGAGGGAACAACCGCGGCGGCUGCUACGCUCUUUAAAGUUACUCCAAAGUCAGGCUUCCUGAAAUUACCGCUGAAAUUCCGAGCUGAUCAUCCGUUUUUGUUCAUACUUACCAAGGAUAAAAAUCCUUUGUUCAUGGGUCAAUUUGUGUGA